GGCAGCCCAGCAGCCCAGCAGCCCGGCCGCCGGUCCGCCUGCGCUCCGCGCUUGCCGCUUCGCCCUCCUCCUCCUCCUCCUCCUUCUCUUCUGUCUCCUCUUUCUCCUCCUUCUCCUCCUCCCUCCAUUCGCCUCCGCGGCGCGCAUCUCCGCGCACACCCAGGGAUCCCGGCCGGCGUCGAACCCCAGGCGCCCAGCCGCCCAACCAGGGCACCUCUGCCGCAGCGGCGGCCCCAGCGGACGCCACGCAGCCGGGUGCCCUCCGCAGGCGGCCGCUCCCGCGUUCACCUCUGGAUGCCACCACUACGUUAGCUCAAGCGGGGAACCCCUUCUGCGGCUCCCUCCUCUAAACUCCCGCCUGUCCCGACCGUCCCCACCCCCUCCACCUGGCGGGGGCGGCGCGGAAGCGAAGAGGACGCGCGCAGUGCCGGUGGGCACGCGUAGACGUGUGUGCGGAUCGGUUAUUUGCCUGGCAUUCUCCCUCUCUUGCAAGUGGCGGUGCCUGGACUCUGCUUUCGGCUCCGGGAAUUGGUGCGGCCGGCCAGAGCACCUCUACGCUGGCGGGGCGCUAAAGGCUAUUUUGGAGAGCGGUGGCGGUGGCGGCUGGGCUGGUGUGCCCAAGCGAGCUCCAGACGCACACUCCGCUCCCUGUUGGACCCUUUCCUCCUCCUUCUUCCCCCUCCUCCCUUCCCUCUUCCCCACCCCCGUUCCCCUAGCCCCACUCCUCCUCUUCCUCCUCCUCCUCUUCCUCCUCUCCCCGUUCGGCGAUGCGAGUCUGUAUCGUGUAACAGGAUUGGCGUUGCAAUGGCAACUGAUGGAAUGGGGGAAGGCAAGACAGCAGGGCUGGGGGCUUCGGACUGCGGGCGGGCGGGCCGCUGUCGCCGCUUGACGCCCCUCCGGGGACCUUCGCGAGUUACUUUGUAAAGGCGAAUCCAGGCAAGAGAGCCCUGCUCGGUGUCCUGGGUCAGAGGCCACUUCCUGCUCCUUGGCUGUCCAAGCCAGGCUCCUACCGCGCGGCAACCCCGGCCCCCUGCCCGCGCCCGCCGCCGGCCCAGCGCGCCGCCGCCGCCGCCGCAGCUGCGGAGACUCGAGCCCGCUUCCCUGAAGAACACUUCGCCUCGCAGCUCCCCUUCCCAUCACCGCCCCCUGCUCCUCCCCGGCGUCUGCGAUUUUCCCAGGCACCCGGUGUGAGUGCGGCGUGCGUGUGAGUGUGUGUCAGGGUAUUGUGUUGUGGGAGAGUGUGUGAGUGUGUGUGAGUGUGUGUGUGCAUGAGUGUGUGGAGUGCGGGGCUCCUGCGCUCCGCUCGCGGCCGCCGCCGGGGAAGGACAGACGGACGGCGCUUCCUCCUUCGGCGAGCGGUUCCCGGGCACCUCGGCUUGGCCCGGGCGCGAGUGGAGCGCGCCUGGCUGGCCGCCGGCCUCCUGAAGGUCCCGUUGCGUCCCCCCUGGGCUGGAUAUGUUCAUGUUCACGUGAAGAUGGAUUUACUGUACGGUCUCGUGUGGCUGCUGACAGUCCUCCUGGAGGGGAUCUCUGGCCAAGGAGUGUACGCUCCUCCCACGGUUCGUAUUGUGCACUCAGGCUUGGCCUGUAACAUUGAAGAGGAGCGCUACUCCGAAAGGGUCUACACUAUCCGGGAAGGAGAAACCCUUGAGUUGACUUGUCUAGUCACAGGACAUCCACGUCCACAGAUCAGGUGGACCAAAACAGCAGGAAGUGCCUCUGACAGAUUCCAAGACUCAAGUGUCUUCAAUGAGACUUUGAGGAUUACAAAUAUUCAGCGACACCAAGGAGGCCGGUAUUACUGUAAAGCAGAGAAUGGCUUGGGGUCUCCAGCGAUAAAGUCAAUCAGAGUGGAUGUAUACUAUUUGGAUGAUCCAGUAGUAACUGUUCAUCAAAGUAUAGGUGAAGCUAAAGAACAAUUUUACUAUGAGAGAACAGUGUUCCUCCGGUGUGUUGCCAAUUCCAAUCCUCCUGUUCGGUAUAGCUGGAGACGUGGCCAGGAGGUCUUGCUGCAAGGAUCUGAUAAAGGAGUUGAGAUUUAUGAACCAUUCUUUACCCAGGGUGAAACAAAGAUCUUAAAACUAAAGAAUCUUCGACCUCAGGACUAUGCUAAUUAUAGCUGCAUUGCUUCAGUGAGGAAUGUAUGUAAUAUUCCUGAUAAGAUGGUGUCGUUUAGACUGUCCAAUAAAACAGCAUCACCGUCAAUUAAACUCUUGGUGGAUGAUCCUAUAGUUGUAAAUCCUGGAGAGGCCAUAACAUUAGUAUGUGUUACAACAGGAGGAGAGCCUGCACCUUCUCUCACCUGGGUCAGGUCCUUUGGGACUCUGCCUGAAAAGACUGUUUUGAAUGGAGGAACUUUGACCAUACCUGCCAUCACCUCAGAUGAUGCUGGUACUUACAGCUGCAUUGCCAAUAAUAAUGUGGGAAACCCUGCAAAAAAGUCCACCAACAUCAUUGUGAGAGCAUUAAAAAAAGGACGAUUUUGGAUCACACCAGAUCCUUAUCACAAAGAUGACAACAUCCAGAUUGGCCGUGAGGUGAAAAUAUCUUGCCAAGUAGAAGCUGUUCCUUCUGAGGAGCUAACAUUUAGUUGGUUUAAAAAUGGUCGUCCAUUAAGAAGUUCUGAGCGGAUGGUCAUUACACAGACUGAUCCUGAUGUCUCUCCGGGAACAACAAACUUGGACAUCAUUGAUUUAAAAUUCACGGAUUUUGGGACGUACACAUGUGUAGCAUCUCUGAAGGGAGGAGGAAUAUCUGAUAUCAGUAUCGAUGUUAAUAUAUCCAGCAGCACAGUUCCACCCAAUCUGACUGUUCCACAGGAAAAAUCACCAUUGGUCACCAGAGAAGGAGACACAAUAGAACUGCAAUGUCAAGUAACUGGCAAACCUAAACCAAUCAUCCUUUGGUCUAGAGCGGAUAAAGAAGUUGCAAUGCCUGAUGGAUCAAUGCAAAUGGAGAGUUAUGAUGGAACACUGAGGAUUGUGAAUGUAUCUAGGGAAAUGUCAGGAAUGUACAGAUGUCAGACCAGCCAAUACAAUGGAUUUAACGUGAAACCAAGGGAAGCCUUGGUGCAGCUCAUCGUUCAGUAUCCCCCUGCAGUGGAACCAGCAUUCUUGGAAAUCCGGCAAGGACAGGAUCGAAGUGUCACUAUGAGUUGCAGAGUACUGAGAGCCUAUCCAAUACGGGUGCUGACCUAUGAGUGGCGCUUGGGCAAUAAAUUAUUACGGACGGGUCAAUUUGACUCUCAGGAAUACACAGAGUACCCUGUGAAGAGUCUUUCCAAUGAAAACUAUGGGGUUUAUAACUGUAGCAUCAUAAAUGAAGCUGGAGCUGGGAGAUGCAGCUUUCUUGUUACAGGAAAGGCCUAUGCUCCAGAAUUCUAUUAUGAUACCUACAAUCCAGUAUGGCAGAACAGACACCGUGUUUAUUCUUACAGUCUACAGUGGACACAGAUGAAUCCUGAUGCAGUGGAUCGGAUUGUUGCAUACCGGUUGGGCAUCAGGCAGGCUGGACAGCAGCGCUGGUGGGAGCAGGAGAUUAAAAUAAAUGGGAAUAUUCAAAAGGGAGAAUUAAUUACAUAUAACUUGACAGAGCUAAUUAAACCAGAAGCUUAUGAAGUCCGACUGACUCCUCUCACCAAAUUUGGUGAAGGAGAUUCAACAAUUCGUGUGAUCAAAUAUAGUGCUCCUGUAAAUCCUCAUUUGAGAGAAUUUCAUUGUGGAUUUGAAGAUGGUAAUAUUUGUUUGUUCACUCAAGAUGAUACAGAUAAUUUUGACUGGACAAAACAAAGUACAGCAACAAGAAAUACAAAAUAUACUCCUAAUACAGGACCUAAUGCUGACCGUAGUGGCUCCAAAGAAGGUUUUUAUAUGUACAUUGAGACAUCACGACCCAGAUUGGAAGGCGAAAAGGCUCGACUUCUCAGCCCUGUUUUCAGCAUAGCUCCCAAAAACCCUUAUGGACCCACAAACACUGCAUAUUGUUUCAGCUUCUUUUAUCACAUGUAUGGACAACAUAUAGGUGUCUUAAAUGUUUAUCUACGUUUGAAAGGGCAAACAACAAUAGAGAAUCCACUGUGGUCUUCAAGUGGGAAUAAAGGACAAAGAUGGAAUGAGGCUCAUGUUAAUAUAUACCCAAUUACUUCAUUUCAGCUCAUUUUUGAAGGUAUCCGAGGUCCUGGAAUAGAAGGUGACAUUGCUAUUGAUGAUGUAUCAAUUGCAGAAGGAGAAUGUGCAAAACAAGACCUAGCAACUAAGAAUUCCGUUGAUGGUGCUGUUGGGAUUUUGGUUCAUAUAUGGCUUUUUCCCGUUAUCGUCCUCAUCUCUAUCUUAAGUCCUCGAAGGUGACCUUAUCCUGGCAGAGGCUAUAAAAGAUUCACCAGGCACUGGCAUGAAGAAAGAGUCUUUGUAAAUGGACGUUGAACAAACAAACUACCAAAGAUUCCUCCACUGACUACUGACUCAAAAAUAAAAUAAUAAAAACAAAUUUUUUUAAGCACUGGGGAUAAAAAGACAUCAUGGAAGUAUAACUUAUUCCAAACUAAACAUAAAAGAUAAUCUUGACCUGAGUAGAGAAGAGACCUUCAGGUGCUUUUGUGGCUAAAAAGAUUACAGCGUCAUCUGGUUGAACUCUGGAAAAAAAAAAAAAAUGAAAAAAGAAAAAAAAAAAGAGCUAUAGAAAUCCUUGUCAAAGCACAAAGUCAUGGCUGGUUUUGUUUCAAAUGAAUAGUUUGCUUGUUACCAUGGAAACCUAAUGGCCUGCCAACAAAAACCUCACUGUAAACAGGGUACGUGAAGAGCUGGCAUUUAUUUUCCUUUCGAGAAGGUUUUCAUAGAGAAUUAAAUAAAUGUAGGCCCUUUUACCUUUGGCUGUUACCCUUCCUUGAAAAUAACCCGAACUCAGAAUUAUUUAAAGCAUUCAUGUUUCUCCCCACCUUAUCCCCAUCCCACCUUUAUUAUUAUUAUUUUUCUCCCAUGGCUAAGCUAGAUUAACUGUAUGCUGUCUCUUUUUGCAUGCACUACUAUCCAGGAUGGUAAACCUGGGCUUACAUAUUACACAGGCUUAUCGGAGUUUGCUUGCGGCCACUUGAACACCCAAACUACGUCAUCUGUUCCAAUGAAGAAACCAAACCACCAUCUUUUAUAAAUUGCCAUGGAAACCAAGUGCCUUCAAUGAAACAAGCCUGAAUAAUUUUCAACUCAGAAGCUUGCACUGCUAAGAGUGGUUUGUGUAAAACUAUUUUAUAAACAAACUACAGAGCCUAAAUGUGCAAAUUACAGGCAAGACAACAAAGCCGCUUCUGAAGAAGAAAGGACCGAAGCUGCUGCGUAAGCCCAUGCAGACAAGAUAUUUGUUGUUUAACCUCCUAGACAGCCAUGGCCUUUCGGCUUAUUGUCCAUUAGAAAAUCACUUCCAUUGAGACCAGACAUGGAGCAACACUUUUUUUCUUCCAGGUUAUUAAAUGGGUCAACCAGAGCAAAAGGUUAUUAAGAAUACUUAGUGCAGAAGGUGGUAAAACACAAAAGUGAUUUUUUUACUCUAACCUCCAUUUGAAAUGAAAUUGGCCCUAGCUUUAGAGGGAACAAGAAAAUGUUUGGGAUUGCAGUGCAUACUAACUCUACAGUGGAACUGGGCCUGAAAAAUCUGGCUUUAUUCUAAACUCUGAGGGUAAUAUGCCUCUGCCCUUUAGUCAGACUCUGUGCAAAUUGUGAAAUAUUAUUUUAUUAUUUUACCAAGAUUAUAAAAACACUUUUACAAAAAAACAAAAACCUGUAAAAAUGAUUUUGAGCUACCUGAGGACAAAUCGUAUCUUUAACCAGCCAGUUUUCCAAUGCAUUGUAAAUUUCACUUAAACCUGUUGGUUAUGAAAAUUUGAAGAUCCUUUUCCUUAAAUUAUCUCAGCUUUUAACUUCAUUUAAAAAGACUUUUGUCUAAGAAGAAUAUUAUUAUUAUAUGUUCUUUCAACACCCCAGGAUUUAAAAAACUGAUUAUGCAAGUAAUUGGAAUAUAAGCAUUAAAUUAUAACAUUUGCAAAUAUUAAUAUAAAAGCACAACAAAAUGUAGUGGAAAAUGACAAAGCUUGAUUUUUUAAAACAAUUCUGUAGAAAUGUUUGUGCAAAUUCAGUAAUUCAACUUAAAAUAUAAUUUUACAUCUAUGUUCAAUAAAGCCUCUUUCCAGGUAAGGUAUGACAAGCAGUAUGUGUGUUUGUUGAGCAAUGUUCACUUAUCACUAAAAUGAAAUUAGUUAUACAAUUUAUUGGUUACCAUGGGAUAAAUCUUCAGUGCUCCACAUACGUUAACGUCUGCAGAAAGAAAUUUUAAUAGGAACUCCCUGAUGCACUCCCCUAUAUUGUAAUACAUGCAGAAAGCAGUUAAACCUUUGAAGGUAAAAUAUGAAACAUAUAUGAACCUGGAAUUUAAUGUGUAUUUUCAGUCAGUUCAAAAGGGGACCAGUUUGAAUAUUUAGGUAGUGAUGGAAUUGAUCUGAACCAAGUCCUUUAAAUUAAACAUAAUAAACAAAUGAGUUUCGUAACUUAUUUGAAUGAAUUAGACAUCUUAAAAUUUUUUCAGAGUUUCACAGUAACCCAUAUACUUUAUCAGACCAAAGAGAUUCAAGUACACAAUAUCUGGGGCAUUUCUUUUACGUUUUACAAAAUUUCUCUUCACCUUGACUUCCAUUUUGUGGCAACUAGCCCCUUUUCUCCACUAUCUCUUAUCAGUAGAUCACCCUUUUUAAUUGAUUUUCAGCACUCUCAUUCCUGAUAAUAGCAAUGAAAAUGUUUUAGAUCUAAAAGGAGACUCUUAACUCAUUGCCUCUCCCUCACUUGAUCUUUAAGUUGAUUUCAGUGAGGCUUUUGCAAAAAAAUAAAAAAUAAAAAAGACUAUAUUCAGAAUAUUUGAAUAUACAUGUGUUCUUUUCAGGUAAACAAUCAAAUGUCCUAUUAUCCUAAGUAAUCCUGCACAAAGAAGUAACUGUAAGAAAAAGUUUCAAUCCUACUACUAGGCAUUUAUAAAAUACUAAAAUCUUUCCUAACCUCUCAAACAGUAAGAAUACACAAUGCUUCAGAAGUUGAUGAGAACUGGCUGGUACCACAAAUUAAUUUUGAUUAAAUUUUUUAAAAAUUGCAGAUGAAUGUGAAGAACAAAGGGGCAAUCAGAAGAAGUGCAAAGCAAUCCAACUUAUUGAGAUGGUAAUAAAAUGUAUAUCUCAAGUGGGUUCUGGAUCAUUCACGUAAACCAACAAACAAUUUGAAUCAACGUUUUUCACUACAGAUCAUAUGUUCAGUUGCUUUAAUUGAAAGUAAAUGGAUAAAAUGCAGAAAUUUUAAAAGAUUGGGAUAAGUGAAAUGUAAAUUUUGUUAAGUAACCUCUUCUUUAAUAUUAGUAAAAAUAAUGAAACUUU